GGAGCGUUUGGAACGCAGGUGUCUGUGACAUCAGUGGCAAAGCAGCAGAGGUGACACCUCCAGCAGUGCAAGUGGGCCCCAACUGUCACAGGCACUGCUCCCAGUGCCAUGAUGGCCUUGUGGGCUUAUCUGGCUUUGUCUGUGCUCUUGGGCUGGGGCUGCAUAGCCAGCCCUCGGGGCACAAAGGCACACCAGCCAGGAACACCACUCUCUGACCAGGAAUACCAUCAGUUCUUCAAGUUCCUGCAGAUCACCAUCCAAGCCAGAACUGCCUGCCAACUUCGUGAGCUGUACGGCUGCAUGAACUCACUGGUCCAGAAACUGGAUGAGUAUGAAAACCACGGAGUCGUCCCUCCAGGGCCCAUAUGCUCCGAACUGCCAGAAAAUUCUUCCUUCCACAACUUCUGCACCUUUUCUCUUUAUCGCUGUAUUAUGAAAAAGUAUUUCCUUAAGAGGAUUGCGUGCCCAGGACACAACAGAACCAAGCAGCAUAGCCAAGCAGGCAUCACCAUCAUCACAAGCAGUGAUGCCAUGUCAUCCAGCAGCUCUGGUCCCCAGCCAUUCCUCAUAUUCCCCACUGCUGGCUCUGGACCUGGCACAGAGGCAGCUGUGAUCCCCACCUCCUUACCCGUGAGCACACAACCAAAUCCUUCCGGCCCACAAGCCACAGAGGUGACAGCCAGCGACCAGCAGCAAGGCCACCUGCUCAACAGUGACAUUGAGGAUCUCCUCCUGAGGAUACUGGACAAACAGGUGCUGACUUCACUGCAGACAAUGAAGUUACUGACGUCCCUUGGGAAGACAGUGCGGGAGGAAGACUUGCGGAGGGCUGCCACGACCCUGCUGGUGGCCCUGAACAACGCAAAUGUGUCUUGGUCACCAACCAACUGAUACAGCUCAACAGUGUGGUAAACACAGGGGAAAAGCCAUCUCUUCCAAGUGCAUGGGGAAACAGAGCCAUGGGAAAUGCUACUGUCAGGAUUCAAAGAAAAAGAUGGUAUCCUCUUGAAAGUAAAUGUAUUGAAAAGAUACCAUUCUCUCCUGUAAAAACUGUUU